AUGGAGGAUUUCUCAUCAUGCUGUGCAGGCACAACAUUCGCUAACGAAAUGGCUAUGGCCUCUCCAUUCUCUUCAUUGGAACAUGCAAUUACGAUUGCCAGAGACAUAUGGUCCUCUACUGUGCAGGAAUCAAUGUACGAGGAGAAAUUUGGGUAUGUUUUUGUGAUAUUUGUAGCUGGUAGGACCUCUGAAGACAUACUUGCUGAAUUAAAGACGCGCUUUAGUAACACGCAUGUUGUUGAGUUGGAGAUUACUUCAAAAGAGGAAUUAAAGUAUAUAGAACGUUCUAUUAGAGAGCUUCUUUCCAAGAAACCUGUCCAAACUACCGACGAACGAGAUAUGUCAGCUGAAUAUUCAGGCGAAAUAGUUGAUGACACUCUAGAUGGGAUAGACACUGAUUCAGAAGACUAUUUAGAUGCUAUCUCCUCUGGCGGAUAUGACAUCUCCAGGAAUGUUGAGCUCAAUAAGGUUCCAGAAGAAGACAAUGAAACUUUAUACACCCAACAUAGAGAAGAUGACGUACAUGCUGCAAAAAGGGGAGAAGAAUAUUAG